CUCAGACACCACGCUGAGCAGCAGGGGCAGCGUGUUGGGGGGUAGACGUCCAGGAAACCCAAAGUGGAUGCACUGCCGCAGAGGAGGGCGGCAGAAAAUUAUUUGCCACUUCAACUGGAUUCCUUUGAAAGAUGAGAGGGAAGAGUAAGCGAACACUCGUGUUGAGAGAAGUCCUCCAUGGAGCUUGAUGGGACUUUAAUGAGUUCCUGUUAAGAAGUCUUUUGGAACCUCCUUUAGAACCUUCCUGUGUCUUUACUGGAAAAACUGUCAUGGAAGACAUCAGAUGUCCUUGAAACAUUUUUAGAAGGAGUGAGACGAGAGCGCAGAAUUAUUUGAUCAUUUCAUUUUGAGGAAGUAGAGGAUAAGUUGAAGGUUUGGUUUAGAGCUUCAUGCUGAGGCCCCUCAUUUCUUAUCUGACUUGAAGCCAAGGGUUGGUGAGGGUUGCUGAAAAAGCCAUGGAUGAAGCUCCAGAACGGGGUCAGGAGGCAGCAGUGAACGAGGCUCUUGUUCAGUUCAAGGACACGCUGCAAGCUGCUGUAAGGGAGGUGCACGUGGACGUGAGUGCUUUCAAGCAGCGUAUUGAGCAAAGGAUCGAGGAGCUGUGCAUUUGCAAUGGACCUUUGGCUGAGGCGGUUACCAGGCUCCAGGAGGAGAACCUGCAGCUCAGGGCGAAGCUGGAGGCCCUCAGCCACCUGGUAGAGGGUCUCUCAGGGGUGAAGAUCGAGAUGAAGGGGAAGGCUGAGGAGCAAAGAUUAGAGAAUGGUCAUGUGCAGAUUCAAUAUAAGACCGAGGAGGAGCAGAGGGGUCUGGUUAACUCUGAAAACAACCAGCCAGGUCACUCCGCAUCCUCUGAACCGUCUGGGUUCAGUGGAGGAUUGAGUCAAGCUGCUGCCCCCGGUCCUCCUCCAUGGAGAGCAAAGAGACAUGCUGAGAUUAAUGGAACUGAAGCGAGAGGAGAGAAAAAUGUCGCCCAUGUAGCCCCCACUGCACAAGAGAGACACCAAGACGCCGACGUGACCCAGCCCGCUGAAGCUGCUCCACAGUCCCACCGACCUCUGACUGCCAUCACCAAACACACCUCAGAGUCUUCAGCUGUGGAAACUCCCAGUUCACAUGCUGAUGAACCCCAGCCUCAUCUUCCCGUCACUGCCAUGACAACUAGAGCCGGUGCAGAGGCAGCCAAACCUGCUCCAUCUACAGCAGGGGAAGCAGGGGAAUAUCCUUUUAUAAGAGGUGGCGCAAAGGAACAAAGGUCCCAGGUAUCCCAGGAUCAAUUAGCGACUGAGUCUCAGGCUUUGCCCCAUCUUCCUCUCACAGCGUUAACCAAAAGCAGCUCUGACGGUCCCGCUGCAUCUAAAUCUGAUCAGAGUGCAGCUUCAGUGCCAAACCUGUUGAUGCCACAAUCACCAACGAUAAAGCGAGGCGAAUAUCCAUUUAGACGUGACACCAGUGAAGUAAAGCCUCACGUGCCACUUUCUGCCAUGACCAAACCCAACACAGAGUCUUCAUCGUCUGCUUUAACGGCUCAGUCUUUAAGCCUUUCAGCCUCGCAGGAACCUGCAGUAAAACCUGGAGAAUAUCCCUUUAAACGUGUGCCAGUACUUAAAACACCCAGCCCCAGUUUAAAGAGAAGUGUGAGCUUCCCUCAGUCUGCAGAAAAAUUACUUCCCUCCAAAUCAAUCAUAAAAUCUGGCUUCUCACCUAAUUUAGACAAGAAAGCGAACAAGCCAGCAGGGGGCGACUUUAAACAGGAUGUGAUGAAGUCGCAAACACUUCCACGCUCCAAUGGUGCUCAAGCCAAACGGGCUUUAUUUGAAAGGAUGAACUCGGAGCCUAUAAAGCCAAAAGACUCGAAGCCUAAACUGAAGCGCUCUCAGAGCUUUGGUGUGUCCAGUGCCAGUGGUAUAAAACAUAUCCUGUUGGAGUGGUGUCGCUCCAAAACCAUUGGCUAUCAGAACAUAGACAUCCAGAACUUCUCGUCCAGCUGGAGUGAUGGGAUGGCCUUCUGCGCCCUGGUCCACUCCUUCUUCCCUCUGGAGUUUGAAUACAACUCUCUUGACCCUGCAAACCGCAAACACAACUUAGAGCUGGCCUUCACUACCGCAGAGGAGCAGGCUGACUGUCUGCGUCUGAUCGAGGUGGAGGACAUGCUGGAGAUGGGGGACAAGCCCGAUCCCAUGUGUGUGUUCACAUACGUCCAGUCCCUCUACAACCACCUGAAGAAGUUUGAAUAACUCUGUAUCAGAGCAUGUCACGAAGUCUACACGUGUUUUAAACACUUUGAAUGAGGAGCCUAAAGUGACGCAAACUAACAGGAAGUCUCAGCUGUCUGUGCCAAAUCACAAAUAAUAUGUUGAUCAGUUUUAUACUGUGUGUGUGUGUGUGUGCGUGUGUGUGUGUGUGUGUGUGCAUUCAACUGUUUCCCACAGUUUCUUCAGCAUUUGUAGUGGACUUCAUAAAACGCUUUCCUGCAGCUCAUACUGUGACAUGUGAGGCUCUAAAUGUGCUGUUUUUGAUAAAAGGAAGUCGGCCUUGUGUAGUAUUCACAUCAAUAAGGACAC